UAUAUACGUGAGUCCUAAUUUAAAAUAAGAGAUAUAGAUCUUAUACAUAUUGUGAAGUCACGCAUAAACCAAGAGAGUUAUUCUUGAGAAGAAAAUUACUUUGAGAAAGGUUUCAUUGACCAAAGAGUUGAUAGCAAGGAUCAGUCUCGGUGGAUACGCAUCGAGUCUUCGCACUAUCGAAGAAAUUCUAAAACAAGACUCUCUUCAUCAGCAAAGAAAUUACUCAAUGGCGAAGAUUGAAGGAUUUGCAAAGAGAUGGUCUCUUACUGGUUUGACUGCUCUUGUCACUGGUGGCACUUCUGGAAUUGGGCGUGCAAUUGUAGAGGAGCUUGCGCAACUAGGUGCAACUGUUUACACAUGUUCGAAGACAGAAUCAGAGCUAAAUGAACCAAUGCAAGACUGGGCAGAUAAAGGCUUUCAAGUAAAAGGUUCAGCAUGUGAUGUAACUUGUAGAGAGCAAAGGGUUGAGCUCAUGGAAAAGGUUUCCUCUACAUUCAACGGAAAACUCAACAUUCUUAUUAAUAAUGUUGGAACAAACAUUCAGAAGGCCACUCUAGAAUAUACUGCCGAAGAUUAUGCACACAUAUUUGCUACAAAUUAUGAAUCUUCAUUCCAUCUCUGUCAAAUUGCUCAUCCUCUUUUGAAAGCAUCUGGAGCUGGAAUUAUUGUUUUCAAUUCCUCUGCUUCUAGUCUUGUGCACGUGUCCGGUACUUCUAUUUAUGGACCAACAAAAGCGGCAAUGAAUCAGCUUACACGACAUUUGGCUUGUGAAUGGGCUAAAGAUGGUAUUCGGGUUAAUGGCGUUGUGCCCUGGUUCAUAAAUACACCACUCGUGGAAUAUUUGGUCAAGGAUAAAACAUUUUUAGACGGAUUAAUAUCAAGAACUCCUCUUAAGCGACCAGGAGAAGUUGAAGAAGUUUCAUCUCUGGUGGCUUAUCUUUGUCUUCCUGCUGCUUCCUACAUCACUGGACAGGUUAUAGUUGUUGACGGAGGUUUCACGGUCGGUGGGUUCCAAUUCUAACGGCCAGAAUUUUAAUUAGUUCUUGUUUAAAAAACUAAUGGUGGCAGAGUUUCUACCUUAGUACCUUUGUAAUAAUGUUGUAUUUGCUCAUGUUCAGUGUUUAAUUUUCUCAAGUGUGUUAAUUCCAGUUGAAAGCAUUAUGAAUAAAAGUUGUGAUCAUGUCAAUCUGUUAAAUA